CGGCUCAAUACGGGUCAAGUCCGCAGUUGCACGGAAAGCAAUACAACAGAAUUGACGGACUUGUUCGACUUGUCAGGCUGGGGCUUGGCACGCUUUGACGCUGGCCUCGACUCCAAUCCAGACGUCAAGAUCUCUAUGUGCGGACUCAUAACAGGCUGCUCGAAGAAUGAGGCUCGACGAGGGCAAAAACGCCAUGAACAUGACCUUUUGACGCUCCGCGCGGACUUCCUGGACCCGCGCCGGGCCCCCUUGGCGGCGUCUCUGGCGCCGCCCCUGGCGCGCUUCGCGCGCCAGGGAGGGGGGCCUGGCGCGGAUCCAAGAAGUCCGCGUGGAGCGCCAAAAGUUUGUUUGUGCCGUUGUUUCUUCUUCUAGAGAAGCUUGGCCCUACCACCAUCAAGGACUGGGCGCAUGCCAUGUCCUCGGCCCGCUCUGUGAGGGUCGACCACGCGGUGGCAGGAUACGUCCACCUUCGCGCUGACCAGCUGAACUCGUCCCGCGGUAACGACCUCAGCUCCACGGGCCGCAAACAGAGAGGAACCGCACCGGGCGUCGCGGACGACUGGCCGCAGUUCAACUUUUCCGCGGCCCGGGAGGCGGAGGCCGCGCGCAUCCUCGCCGCGAACGGGCUGCGCCCCUCUGCCGACGGCCGCGAGGGGAACUACGUCGUGUACCACUGGCGGUCGGAGGCGAUCGACGUCAACUACACGUUCUGCGCGCAGGAGUUGUUGUCUCACAUCAAAGCCCAGCAGAACGAGUCGGGCAAGCGCCUCGUGUUGGUCUCCGACAUGCCCUUCAACGCGAGCGUCCUGCCCGCGCUGUGGGCCACCACCACGGCCGCGAAGAUUGGGCUCCAGCCGACGUUCCCGGCAGCGCGCGACAUGCUGAUGGAAGCGGGAUUCACCAAGAUCGAGAUGAUGGCGCAAAAUGCGGGGUAUGACUUGAAGAGUGUGCCCACGGCCUACAUCAGCAUCUGGGACGCCAUCAUCGCGCGCGGCGGCGAGAAGCUCACCCUCUGCAGGGCAGAGGAGUGCACGCGGUGCAGCCGGACGCGAAGCAAGUUCCUCUCGUUGAUCAGGCACCGUCACUUCGUAGGAAAGCUCGUUGUCUCCCUCGUCUUGCGAAAGAGGCGCGUGGCGAGGGAGGGGGACAUGGUCGAGAGCAUCUUGCUGCAGGUCCCUGCGGCACCCCAGGCGGCGUCCGCUGCCAGCGAGAAGGCCCUUCAGAAGAACCCGUUCCAGGUGGUCCUCGGCGCGAGUUCGGACGAGGUGGCUCCAGAGGUGCCGCGGCCGCGUAGCUCUCCAGGCGGGGCCGGCACGGUCGUCCUGGGGGCCGACAAGACCGAAUGGACGACCAACAACCAGACCCACGGGGACGCCAACUUCGAGGCCGCGCUGGCGGUCGAGGAGCGGCCGCGGCCAGCUCCUGGCGGCGCGACCACGAUCUCGCUCGGCGGCGCCGUGUUCGAGCCCGUGGCGCCGUCCCCGCGGGAUCCCCCCGGCGGCGCCGCGAGCCUCGUGCUCGGGAGCGAGGGCGCGGACUGGGGGACGGACAGCCGCGCGGUGGGGGCCGCGGGCUUCGAGGCG